AUGGUUAAUAGCACUUCCUUCUCGUUUUCUCUGGUUGUUUUCUUCGGCAUAUUUUAUAGCGCUGUUUUCAUCAUGUCAGUCGUUGGUAAUACAUGGGUUCUAACAACCUGCUAUGUGACCCUGCGGAGAACACAUUCUCCUAUGAUGUGGUUCUUGGCAAAUCUAGCUUCUGCCGAUCUCUUGUUUACUUUUCUCACCAUUUUAAAUGCUAUAGGCUUUUAUUGGCGUUGGAUAGGCGGUGACGUUACCUGUAAACUUCAUGGCUUUCUCGUCGAAGCAACUUACACCGUUUCAAUUACAACGCUUCUGGUGUUAAGCUAUCAGAGACUGAAGGCUGUUGUUGAUCCUUUUAAUGCACGAAUUAAUAGCUGGCCACGAAAAGAAUUUCUAAAAACUGUCAAAAUCUGGGUCCUUUCCUUGGCGGUCUGUUCACCUUUGGUUCACAUUUAUCGCGUGGAAACACAAGAAAACGGUGAAUUGCUUUGUACUAAUACCACAUGGGGAAGAAUUGGCCGACAAAUAUUCUACGGUCUGCAUGCAAUUCUGUACUUCAUCAUUCCUUUGUCGUAUAUGAUUUUUUCUCAAACUCAGAUUUUUCGCGCUCUUCGUUCAAGAUCUGGGGUAAUUAACAACAAUUUUAUUGAGAGAUCUAAUCGAAGACACAGGAAAGUUGCCAAAACACUGGCAGCGUUAACCGCAGCGUUUGCUAUCUGCCAGUCCCCUUUUAUGGUCACACGAACGCUUAUCUACUUUCACUUAGCUCCAUAUGGUUUUAUUUGGAGAGGAUCUCAACUCUUGAUCUGCCUAAACGUGGCAUUGGAUCCCUUGUUAUACGGGUACUUUGGCGGAAACCUCAAAAGUGUAUUACAAACAAGACUCCUGGGGUGUAAUUGCUUGCAACGGCGACGCCCUAAUGUGACGCCUUUGACUGUAUUCCAACAAAGACCUUGAACGGCGAACAAUGGAAUAUAACAAAGACAAACGAACUGAAAGACUGCUCAGUAAAAGAGCAUUAUUCAAAAACGACUGAGGGAGUGUAGAAGAUCCAUUUAUAAUUAAAAUAUUUUACGCUGACAAUCACUGUUAAAAGCUUAUGAUAAAAGAACGUGCGCGUUCUAACAUAACGGCAAGAUCACCAAAUUGGAACUAUGUGAACCUUAAUUUUUUAUGUCGGUCUAUUCGCUGAAUUUAGUCUUGUACUAAGUAGCCCAACACUAUGUAUUAAAUUUUAAACAAAUCAGAAAGGAAAUCAGCUUAGAGAAGAAUUUAACUAGAUAAAAAGAUAAAAAUUACCAUGUGCUCAUCAAGACGAUUGUGACUUGACUAAUGAUGUUGAAAAUGACUGUUAACCCUUUACUUUUUUGGAGCAGAAUUUAUGGGUGUUUAACAUUUAUCACCUAGUGCUGUGAUAAUAUAGGUGUAUCAGACGGGCCGAGACAUUUCAUCUUCCCUGCCUUUCUUUACUUCUUUAAGUUGACUCUCUAUGAGAAGAACUUAAAAAUAAAGCAAAAGUAUAAAAUACUAAAAGAAAAAAGAACAGGACAUCAGACAGUAUCAUCAAACUAAGGAAGGCAUCGGGUAGCCUGCGUCGCAGAUGCAAUAAUCUUACCGCGGGUGGUAACAUCUGCGAAGCAGCGAGGCCUUUGUUCUGAGCUCCUAAAGGAAUCAGUGAAUUAACGGGAAUUCUUCCUUUGAAUUUCCCUUUUACCUGAUUGGCAAAUCGACAAAUGCUUUUCUAACGGGCCAAUCAUGGCGCGUACUCAAAUCCUGGUAGACAGGUGGGGACCCACAACAAGGAAAGUUUUGGCGCUGUUUCGCAGAUGCACUAAACCAGAAGUUGGGACUGAGUUCGUACAAGUUGUGAAAAGUAUUUUUCCACUGGUAUCAAGACGACAGUAUUGGACCUGAAUGGGCCUUCUGUGACGCAGGCUAGCAUCGUGGGCCACUUUCUUAUUUAGCCUAGACAGAUACAGGUGUAUAUGUACCACUGAGCAGGUUUUUCAGGGCCUUUCAGUAUUUAACAGGGUGCACACUGUGAUUUAGCCAAUUUUUUAAGUGUCACAGUUUGGAACGGAAGCCAUUAAAAGACCCCGGGUGAGAAGGUUGGCGAUAAGUGCUCUACAUUUGUGUUACCAAAACUAACUCCAAGAUGUUAGUUUAACUCAUUUAAUGCUGUAUAUAUAAUUCGUAACUGAAAUAAAACAGGAUAAUAGUAAAAUGAUAGUAAAGGCUAGCAGAAUGAACUUGCAUUGUCCAGUAAACAGGGUCAGGGUUUGACAGCCUCAGGGGCACCCUUCCAUCGGGCAGGACAGAAUGCCCUCAUUCAUGGACCGUGUCAGUGGAAACGGUUGGUGAAAAAAGCAAAACUACUCGCUCGUCUGUACAUUAAUAAAACAAAAACGUUAGUCUGUUGAACCCCGGUCAUUGGUUGCAAGAAAUAGUGGGAACUUUGGGCCUAGAAUUAAACUUAUAGCGUCUUCUGUACGAACCAUCCGAAAAAUUUUUUACGUCAAAAAUUGAAGUAAGGCUUAGAGCACAUGCAGUCGACAAGAGGAGUCCGUAUCAGUAUAGUGAUGUUAACAUUCUAAGACAAUCCGAUUACAUCCGUUAAACGAAUGACAAAUUGUGUGAUAUUUUUGCUGAAAUAUAUAUAUGUCGAAUGUACGAUAUAGCUCCUCAAACAAAAUUAUUUUAGAAGGAUACAAAACUAGAGAAUUUUUUUUUAUCUGAUUUCCAACACUUUUUUAAACAUAAAUUUCUUUGUAUUUCCUAGUAUGAAUUAUUGAUGAAUUUGAGACUGAAUUAGAUUCAGACUUCUGUUUCGCUUUACCGGAAUAGUGCAGAUAAAUGAUUUUAAUUAGCAGAACUCGUAUACUCGUUGCCCGAACAACAAAUAACAACUACUUAAUAAAAAUUUUGCGCAUAAUAAUUUGGGUUAAAUAGAUUCCAAUAUGAGCUAUCGAAGACGAGACUAAAUGGAAAUUCAAAUUGUUGGUAUCUUAUCAUGAAAGGAAAAAUAAAGAUCAAUCAAGUUAUUAAGCAUGAUUAAAAUAAAGUCAACAAAGUCUGAAAAGUAUAGGAUCAGCUGUCCAAAACUCACAACAGGUUUCCACCCCCCCCCCCCCCCCCCCCCCACAAAAAAAAAAAUAGAAAAAAAAAAGGGGGCGAGAAACAAGAUUAAAAAUAAAUAAAAAAAACCUAUUUUUUUUUUUCUCUUUCACCCCACAAAACAUCCUACAUCAGAAUUUUUUUUAUUUAAGAAUGAUACAAACCACUUAAAAAUAUAACAUUGGUUAAAAAGAUUCCAAUAAGAGCUAUACAAGACGAGAAUAAAAGGAAAUUUAAAUUGUUGGUAUCUUAUCAAGAAAGGAAAAAUAAAGAUCAAACAAGUUAUUAAACAUGAUUAAAAUAAAGUCAAAAAAGUCUGAAAAGUAUAGGAUCAACCGUCCAAAACUCAACACAGGUUUCCACCCCCCCCCCCCCCCCCCAACUAAAAAAAGAAAUUGGGAAAAAAUAGGGAGAGCGAAAUAGGAUUUAAAUUAUAGAUAAUAAUCCCGAUUUUUUCCUUCCAGUUAACACCUCCAAACGAUCUGCACAUGAAUGCUUUGAUUCAGAGUAAGCUUUACAGCCCUUAUAAAUUUACAGCCCUUAUAAAUGCAUCGUAGGAAAAAAUACGAUAACAUUGUUAUGUCGUGAUUUGAGGUCCUUGAAUAUGGUGUUGCAUAGAUCGUAAACACGGCAGUUGUUUCGCUUGACUGUUUGGGAGCCAAACAAUGAGGAAAUUCUGAUCAUGAUGAUUUCCAGAACAGUUUGCAGUUUUCCAACUAUUAGCGAUUAAACGAUGUUGGAAUCAGCUAGAUGCCUACUAAGUGAAUUACGAAAAGAAGGAUUAUGUUAUCAUUUUUUUUCCAUGGGACUUCAUCCGAUUUGCUUCCUCUAUAGUGAACAACUGUGUUAAAAUUUGCACAUGAAUGGAUUCAUGUCACGUAGUAAAAGCUAUUAUAAAAAACAACUGCUUUAACAACGAAAAUGGGAUUUAGAAUGACAACGCCAUUGGUUGUUUCUUUCGAUCUUCUAAGAACAAAACAAAUUAUGGAGCUUUACCUAACGAAGAUAUAAAAAUUAUUAAAUUUUCUUCCAGAACAGUCUGUAAUUGUCCGACGAUUAGCGUUCAUUUUAUGGCCAUGGAUCGAUAAAAUGUUAGGCAAGCGCGGAAACAAAAGGAAAACAAUAAAAAAUGACAAGUUAAUUUAAUGUUCAAAAGCUGAUCGUGACCCACAAGAUGACAGGAAAUGAUAAAUCAGACACAACAUAAAAUGCAAAUAACAUAAAAGGGAGAAAAACACGUUAGGAAUUAUGUACAGAGACCAAAAUUUAAGAGACAAAGUUGAAAUCGAGGAAAGUAUUUAAGAAUGUUUUUUCUCGCAGUUUACAAAAUUCACGAGUCACCAUGUACCCCGGUAACAGGAAGUAAGCUUAUUGGAGCUACGUGUUGGAGCUUCAUUACCCGUCCUCCUUAGCGAAUAAGAGCAAACACCAGUUAAAAUUAAUCAAUGGUAAAACACUUCUGUUACACAUCUUAACAAUGGUUAACAGCAGUUCGUUCACGCUUUCUGUGUUGGUUUUUCUCACUACAUUUUAUAGUACUGUUUUCAUCAUGUCAGUCGUUGGAAAUGUAUGGGUUCUAACAACCUGCUAUGUCACCCUGCGGAGAACACAUUCCCCUGUGAUGUGGUUCUUGGCAAAUCUAGCUUCUGCCGAUCUCUUGUUUACUCUUCUCACUAUUUUUGAUCUUGUGAGUUUUUAUUGGCGUUGGAUAGGAGGUGACGUUACCUGUAAACUUCAGGGAUUUCUCGUGGAAGCAACCUACACAGUUUCAAUAACAACGCUUGCGUUGUUAAGCUUUCAAAGACUGAAAGCUGUUAUUGAUCCUUUUAAUGCAAGAAUCAAUAGCUGGCCACGAAAAGAAUUUUUGAAAAUUAUCGCAAUCUGGGUCCUUUGCCUAGCUGUUUGUUCGCCUUUGGUUCACAUCUAUCGCGUGGAAACACAAGAAAACGGUGAAUUAAUUUGUGAUAAUACCACAUGGGGGAAUAUUGGCCGACAAAUAUUCUACAGUUUGCAUGCAACACUGUUCUUCAUCAUUCCUUUGUUGUAUAUGUUUUUUACUCAAGCUCAGAUUCGACGCGCUCUUCAUUCAAGGGUUGGGGUAAUUAACAAUACUUUUAUGGACAGAUCUGAUCGACGACAUAAGAAAGUUGCUAAAACACUCGCAGCACUAACCGCAGCGUUUGUCAUCUGCUGGUCUCCUUUUAUGGUCACACGAACACUUCUCUAUUUUCACUUAACUUCGUAUGGUUUUAUUUGGAGAGGAUCUCAACUUCUGAUAUGCUUAAACGCGGCAUUGGAUCCCUUGUUAUACGGGUACUUAGGCGGAAACCUCAAAAGUGUAUUUCAAAGACUCCUGAGGUGUAAUGUGUUACAACAGCGACGCCCUAAUGUGACCACUUUGACUGAGUUUCGAACAAACACCUUGACCAGCGAAUAA